GUGCGCUGUUUGCCCCACCCCAUCUAUUCUGCUCUGUCUAUCUCAAUGUGCUAUUCCCGGAGAAAAAGGGGAAAAUAAUACCUUCAAUAAUUGGUUAUUCCCGUGUUUUAUCUCCCACGACCAGCCCAGGAGGGAACUGCCGUCAUAGUGGAAUGUGUUAUUACAAUCCGCGUUAUAUUUCUGAAUGUAUAUGCACAUGUAAGCUCUACCUACCAUUCGAAUUCAAAAGAAAUAUGCAAGAAACUGGAAACAUUCGAAGGAUUUUUGUAUUUUCUUCGUGUUUAGAAGAAUCAGAACCCAUUUAAGAAUGUGUUGGGGACUAUCAAAGCGCUAUUAGGAACCUUGCUGAUGUGAGUAGGGGUACACAUUUCAGCAACAAAAGAAAAAACAGAGAAGGCCCUUUGGAUUGAGAAAAAACAGCAAAGAACAGCCAUCACAGAAACGGGGAAAAAUCAGGAAAAUUCAAUUAUUUCGGGGAUCUAAACUGAAAAUCGGACUCACAGUUUAGAUCGAGGAUCAUCUUAUGGAUAUAAAAGGAGUUGAAUGAAGACGGAAGCAAUGGAAAUAUUACACAUGUAGUUCGUUAAGUGUAGCCUUAAUAUAGUUUUAUUUCUCUAGUUUAUCUAUAGGCUAUGCGUAGAGAAAUGCCGUUUUAAGGAAAUACACAGAAAAUACGCCUUUCCCCAAAAUAUGUUUAUUAUAACUUUUGCCAAAAAGAUCCAUGUCAGUGUACAGCCGAGUUUCUGUGUCAUGCCGAGUUUGGGUCCCUGUCACAGGCAACUGUGAGACGUGAGACCCGGGCUGUUCGUGAGAUGAAAAUAGGCUAUUUAUCCCCUCCUCAAUUGAAUGUGAAAGAGGUAAAAGCCUCAAUCAACCUUAACAUCUGUGGAUGGUCAUCAAUAUCGGUAUAUAAAAACUAUAUGUGAAGAAGGAAAACCCUAACAGAAUUGACCAAGUGAGAGGGCGGCCUGGGUGUCGUCAUCAACAGUCUCCUACCCUCUGACAGCAAGAUCUACUGAAAAUACGCAUUAUGUACACAUAAUUACAAGCGCGGUAGGACAACGUUUUAAAACUGAUUAGUUCGACGUAACACUAAACAACAAGACUGUAUACAUGUCGUUAAUAUUAUUCUCAAUUCCGUGGGUCAACCGAGGGAUCUAGAAUAGUUCGUUUAUUUAUUUUUUCACAUUCCCCCUCCCCUGGACUCUAUUUCUUGCGGGAAGAUGGGUUGUUUGGGCAACAGCAAGACUGAAGAUCAGCGAAAUGAGGAGAAGUCACAAAGAGAAGCAAACAAAAAGAUAGAGAAACAACUUCAGAAGGACAAACAGAUAUAUAGAGCAACUCACAGGCUACUACUUUUGGGGGCUGGUGAGUCAGGGAAGAGCACCAUAGUGAAACAGAUGCGAAUCCUCCAUGUCAAUGGCUUCAAUGCAGAAGAGAAGAAGCAGAAAAUUCAUGAUAUCAAGAAUAAUAUUAAAGAAGCUAUUGAGACCAUAGUAGCAGCUAUGAGUACACUGACACCUCCCGUUCAGCUCGCCAGUCAACACAACCAAUACCGAAUCCAAUACGUCCUCAACCUAGUCAAUCAGAAGGACUUUGAAUUCACGUCUGAGUUUUAUGAAAAUGCAAAGACUCUCUGGCAGGAUGAGGGCGUGAGGGCGUGUUUUGAGAGAUCCAAUGAGUACCAGCUGAUCGACUGUGCGCAGUACUUUCUAGACAAGAUUGACAUUGUGAAACGGAGUGACUACACUCCCACUGAUCAGGACCUACUGAGAUGCAGAGUGCUCACCUCUGGGAUCUUUGAGACCAGAUUUCAGGUGGACAAAGUAAAUUUUCACAUGUUUGACGUUGGGGGUCAAAGGGAUGAACGUCGGAAAUGGAUCCAAUGCUUUAACGAUGUAACAGCCAUUAUUUUCGUGGUGGCCAGUAGCAGCUACAACAUGGUGAUCCGGGAGGACAAUCAGACCAACCGUUUGCAGGAGGCUCUGAAUCUAUUCAAGAACAUCUGGAACAACAGGUGGCUGCGGACCAUUUCUGUCAUCCUAUUCCUCAACAAACAGGACCUGCUAGCAGAGAAGGUGUUGGCUGGGAAAUCAAAAAUUGAAGAGUACUUCCCAGAGUUUGCACGCUACACCACACCGGAUGAUGCAACACCAGAACCAGGGGAGGAUCCACGCGUCACGAGGGCAAAGUACUUCAUACGAGAUGAGUUCCUGAGGAUCAGCACAGCCAGUGGAGACGGCAGGCACUAUUGUUACCCCCAUUUUACCUGUGCCGUCGACACGGAAAACAUCCGCCGGGUCUUCAACGACUGUCGGGACAUCAUUCAGAGGAUGCACCUUCGGCAGUACGAGCUCUUGUGAUGGGAGGGGGCUGCAACACAGACUCUGAACCUCCACCUCCAGUAUCUCCCUGACCCUCCUGAAACCCACCCCUGUCGACCUGCUCCUAACUCGGUGUACUCUUGGGGACUCCUGAAGUCAAACUAGACAUGAGCUACAGAGUAACCUGGAAAGACUAUUGAAAUACUGCAAAACACAGAAUACAUCCAAGCCAGAUCAGCUGAACUCCACUGCACUUUAGCACUGUGCUCAGGACUCGAACCCAUUUCACCACACACAAGCGUGUACAUGCUGACAUAACACCGAACUCUCUCUUUCACACCAUUAGUUUAUAUUUUGAGACACACACACUUAGACACACUUGUUCUCAAAUUUACCCUCCGAUAACUGCUUGCUGUUCUGAAAAAGAACACGCUUUUACUCGACUACAUGGUCCUGGACUGGGUGAGCUCAGAGUCUCUUAGCUGUUUACUGUCUGCAGCCACAGAUUGACUGGCUCAGUGAUUUCAAUGACUUCACAGCCAAGAUACCUACUAGGAGCAACGUUGAUGACUGACAAUGAACCAGAGAAGCAUCGUGGUGGGCAGGGCAUGGGGGGAGGGGAAUAUCUAUGUCAAUUUGGUGGAGCUUGGACACCAUGACGCUCACAGGAUUGUCACAUGACUUUGCCUUGUUUGUACAGCAGCGGGAGGAAAAAGGCCAAUGUUCACAGAACUCAACGGAGUGCAAAAAACAUACAGUACCAUAUAAGUGAAGAGAAGUCCGAUCAGCCCUGUUUCUAUCUCCAGUUGUUUUGUCUGUGUAAACUGUUGUGCCAUUGUGCCCCUCUCUCUCAUCACCCCUUUUCCCUGGCCACUCUCUUAACCUCACCUCAUACCCUGCACUGUUACUUUACUGGCAAUGCUCUUUGCUUUGUUUUUAAAGAAAAAAGUAAUCCUGAAAUUUAAAAAAAGAGGAAGAUAAUGAUAAAUGGGAUUCUAUUCUUUACUCAUGUUGUCAACCCCCCCUCCACCCCUCCUUCCAAGGCUAUGUGUAUGUCUGUCUUUACUUUACUGCUGAACUAUUAUUCUUGUACAGACUGUAAAGUGUAUUAUUUUGUACAACUUUAUUGAAAAAAUAGAAGAUCCUUGUGCCUUGAUCACGGCUGUACGUGUAUAAUGAGCUAAAGUGGGUGUUAUACUGCGCUGUAUAGCUUGGCCAGUUUCCCCCAUCUCUCCAGGGAAGGAGGACAACCAUUCGUAGAUUUGGAUUUUUAUUUCUCUCCCCCAACUCUCCUUUAUGAUUUAAAUGCUUAUUUUUGGAUCCAUAUACCAAAAGAAAGAUACAUAUAUGAAAUGUUUAUGGAUUUUUUAAAAGUAUUUUAUUAGAAUCAAAGACACAAAUUGUACACUUGAUAUAGUGUGCGUAUUGCUAGAACUUAAAUCCUUUUCAAUUAGGUUUUGUUUCAUUAGUGACUUCUGUAAACAACAUUUUGAAGGGUGAGUGUUUAUUUACCAUUUUUAGCUUUAAGGUAAAGGGUGAUGGAAAAAUAUCCAAAUGCAAAACAUUGCUUGUUUCUACAUUAAUCUUUUCUUUUGCUAACGAAAACAACAAUCAAAAAAUUGUAUUGUUUUGGGGUCCUUCCUACUGUUCCACAACAGAGGCAGACUGUACAGUAUUACAUUUUCACUUCAGUGCCCUAGUUUUCAUGUAUUAUGUACAUCAAACAUGGGUUUCUACUUUCAGAAGAGGAGCUCUGCAAAAUAACGUUUUUUUGGUGCAGACAGCAAGAGGACUGUCCUUACACCCAAUCACGACGGCAAGGACAAACCUACACCAGAUACAACCACAUCUCAUUCAUCUGCCUUUAGCCCUGUCUUGAGUCAUGUCCACUGUCCUUAGACAGUUCUUCAUCUCCUCAUACAGUGCCCUGUACUGUUACUUCACUACUUUUAACCUUUAAUAUUCAGUUCUAUUCUACUUUUGAUUGAAUCUAUAACAUGCAUCAUGACUGUAUUCAAUUCAGUCUUUGUUGUUUUCCAUCCAGGGUGAUGUAUUUUCUCAUUUAACCCAGACACAGGCAUUCUACUUCACCACAUAGCUUUUUUGUACACAUAUAAACAGUUGUGGUUUA